AUGUCCCCGCUGUGCCCGCUGCUGCUGGCCGUGGUCCUGGCGGCCGUCUCCGGCGUCCGAGGCGCCUGCCCGGUGCCCGGCGACCUCAAGAGCGCAGACGAGACGCGCGCGUGCGCCAACCUCUAUGACGAGAGCGACCCCGGCUACGAGCACUGCUGCGCGGGCGCCCCCCUGCCCUUCCUGCCCUCCGGCUGGGCGAACACGGCCUCCUCGCCUGUGGCGGCCCAGCGCCGCGAGCUCACCACGUGGUCCCAACGCCGCACGGCCGGCAAGACGCGCGAGGUCUCCGCCGACGCCUACCCGCGCCUGGAGGACGCCCGGCUCCUCGGCCACUGGUCCGGCUCCAUCUCCGCGCUCUGCUGCAGGGGCCCGCCCGCCCGGCCGCGCGCCAGGCUGCAGCUCCGGACCCAGCACCCAGGCCUCAGGGCUCGUCCAGACCCCUGA